CUCCUCCUCCUCCUCCUCCUCCUCCUCCUUGGGUGUCUUCCCAGUCCAGUGUGGUCCAGGUGGUCCUGGCUGGGUGGAGAGAUGCUGCAGUGGACUUGCUGGUAUUAAGAAAAGAGAAGAAGAAGACUUGAGAUGGAGAAGAGAACAUCCACAUAGCUUCUUCCUCCUCCUCUUCCUCUUCUGAUCACUUUUUGGAAGAUUCUUCUUCUUUUUCCUUCUUCGUCCUGCAGGAUGACUUCCUUCCCAGCCCUGCUGGUCAUCUACGCCCUCGUGGCGCUAGCGACGGCGGCAUCAAAGAGCGAGCGGGCGGUGCAGCUGCCCUGCGACUCGGGCCAGUACACCAAGGAUGGCGAGUGCUGCAUGGAGUGCCCGCCCGGGGAGGGCGUGGUCCGGCCGUGCGGCGCCAAGCAGACCGUCUGCGCGCAGUGCCUUGAUAGCGAGACCUUCUCGGAGAACUACAGCCACACGGAGCAGUGCCAGCCCUGCAUUCAGUGCACGGGCCUCAUGCGCAUGGAGACGCCGUGCACCGACUCCAACGACGCCAUCUGCGUGUGCCGCUACAACUUCUACCUGGACGGCGUGUCGGGCCGCUGCGAGCCGUGCACCGUCUGCCUCGCCGGCCAUGGCGUGUUCGAGCACUGCGAACUUGAACACGACACCGUGUGCGAGGAGUGCGUGGACUACACCUUCUCGGACCGCGAGAGCUCCCUAGACCCCUGCCUGCCCUGCACCAUCUGUGACGACGAGACCGAGGUCCAGCUGGCCCACUGCACGCCCGUCAGCGACUCCGUCUGCCACAACCCUCUCCUGCCCACCUACUUCCCGUCAACCUCCUUCGAGACUGAUCCGACGUCGUCCACCUUCAGCGACUACUUCCUCCCCGACGGCUCCGAAGGCCCGCCGCCUGGAGACGAGACUACCACGGCCAGCGCCGGCUCGCCGCGCUACCUGGGCCGCGGCCUCAACGAGAACCUCAUCCCUAUCUCCUGCUCCAUCCUGGCGGCCGUGGUGCUUGUGGGCCUGGUGGCGUACGUUGUUUUUAAGAGGUGGAACAGCUGCAAGCAGAACAAACAGGCGGCUAACAACCGCGCGGCGGCGGCGGCGGCAACAAACAAUCAGACGGUGACGCCCGAGGGCGAGAAGCUGCACAGUGACAGCGGCAUCUCGGUGGACAGUCAAAGUCUUCAGGAACAACAUCAACAACAACAACAGCAACAACAUCAGGCUCAGGCGGACAUCCAGGCUGUGCCGCCUCGCUCGCGCACACAUGAACAGAUAGUGGUGAGGGUGGACGGCGGCCCCCAGCCUGUCACGCCUCCUCCUGAAGCGUGAGGAAGAAGACGAGGAAGAAGAAGACGGUGGCGAGGACCUGAGUGUCCUGUGGGGUGGGAGUGGGAGUGGGAGUGGGGGUGGGGGUGGGGGGGAGUGUAUUGUCCCCAAGGACUUCAAGUCGACGGACCUCCUUUGCAGGUGCGGUCCUGACUCUUCAUCCUGCAUGCAGAGUCUGUAGAACACGUGCCUGGACUCAACUGUAGAUGAUACAAGUGCAUCUUAGGGAAUAUUCCACAAAGCUCUUUUUUCCUACUAACUGCCAACCUUUGAACGCCACAUUUCCGUUUUUUGCCCUUAAACUAGCCUUGAAACACACAGGUGCCUGUCAGCAGCUCCGUCAUGACCCUCUUCUGGGAUCCGUUUUCACUUUUUUCACCCCCCCGAGUCGCCUUUCAUUUUGCGGUGGGAGUCAAGCUGACUCAGCGGGUUCCUGCGUGUGCAACGCGAGACCAAAGCGCUGACUCACCGCCAUGACUCGACAGCCGAGGGCGAGCGAAGCCUCCAGAAGGUCAGCGGUGACGCCGCCGCUGACCCUGAACGCGGCGCCGGGCUUAAAAUUAAGUACGGCGAGCCCUCAGAAGGCUACUUCAUUUACAGACUGAAAUGUUCUCAUCAACAGCACGGGGAAUGUUCAAACCAGGGGUGCUCAAACUGUUUCCACUGAGGGCCACACACUGACAAAGAAAAUAAUGCGGGGGCCAUUUUGUUUGUUUUCAUCUCCAAAACCAGCAAUAUACAUAACUAGAAAAUGCAAUUUCGGCAAAAAUUCAGAGUAAACGCUGAAGGACCAAAGCUGAAAUUAAAUUCUAACAGUUACACUGCAGAAAGUCAGUGUUCAAAAACAAGAAAAAAAAAAAUACAAAAAUUAGGGGUAUUUUAUUUGAACUAAGCAAAAUUAUCUGCCAAUAGAACAAGAAAAUUUGCCUUGUCAAGACUUUCCAAAACAAGUCAAACAAAUUAAAGCUGCAAGCAGUGAUGGACGGGACCGACUUUGAGGGCUCAUAAAAUCCAAACCUGAGCAGUAAUUAAAACUCUUUCAUCAACUUUUAAUCAGAAAGGUUCAAUCUCUCUCCUGUGCUAAUUUGAAGCCGACACGACAAACGCGCUCAGAGGAGAUAAUGUUUGAAAAAAGGUGACUGUUUUUACUCAACUUUUGUUUUGAAGGGGGAAUUGCAAACUUCCUGUUGAUUUUUGCUGGGGGUUGUCAGUGUAUGAAAUCUAGGUCUAAGUGAGACCUACAUAGAGGUUUUUGUUUCAUGUCUCUAAGACAUUCCUACUGGGACUGAAAGGCAGUUUUGUCUGUCUUUUCUUCCUAGGGGGCGCUAGAGCGCAAUUUUGAGUUUUGGGGUUUGGUUUUUUGAUUAGAUCGCAAUUUUCUGACGUGUGUGUCCAAUUUGGUGAGUUUUGAAGCAUGUUAAGGGGGUCAAAUUACAGCUGAAAGAGGCGGCGGUAUAAUAAUAAAACGCGAGAAAUUCAAUAGGGUCCUC